AUGACCUCCGAAAGCGCAGCAACCCUCUUCGACUCAAUCGGCGCCAGCUACGAAGCCGCCUGGUCCUCCAGCCCCGGCCAAGCCAAAUCUCUGCAAUGGCUCCUCGACAACCUCCCCCCAUCAUCAAAAGUCGUCGACAUCGGCUGCGGAACCGGCAAACCCGCCUGCAGCGCCCUCGCCGCCGCAGGCUUCAGCGUGACAGGAAUCGACGUCUCGCCCGUAAUGCUCGAGACCGCACGCUCGCAAGUACCUUCCGCCCAUUUCGAGCUCGCCUCUGGCCUUACCUGGGAGCCCAAGGAAGGCGAUGGGAGUCUUGAUGCUGUGGUGGUGUAUCAUAGCCUCAUUGCGAACAUUACGCAGGAUGAGAUUAGGGGGUUCUUUGGGAGGGCGUGGAGGUGGGUCAGGGCCGGGGGUCUGUUUGUGUUUGCGACUGUGCCGAUUGAGGGGAAUUUGAAGAAGCUCAAGUGGCUUGGUAGGGAUCUUGUGAGUUCGGGCUUGAGCGCGGAGGAGAAUGUGGAGUGUAUCAGGAAGGCUGGGUUUGAGGUUGAGGAGGAUUGGAUGGAGAUGUUUAUGCCGAAGGCUGUGGAGAGUGGACUUUGCAAGGAGGGGGAAGAGGAUGAGGAGCCGCAUUUGUUCGUGUUGGCGAGGAAACCGACGUAG